AUAAUUAAUGAGAACAAGUUAGCAGCUAGCGAACUCCUUUUGGAAUUAAUGGUUAGAAUUGCGUCGCAUCCUCAGCAAUGGGAAAAGGUCCAUAAGUUAUUACAAAAAUUAGACAGGGACUUAACAACAUCGAGAAGCAUUGUGAAUAAACUGCAAACGAAUCCCGGUCUACAAUCUUCAGACAGCAAAGAGGAUAUAUAUGUAAAUAAAAAGAAAAUUCUCCAUAGCGAAGAAGAUACUGACGUCUCAUUUACAGAGGAACAAGAUACAAAGAAGGAGGUGAAUCGAAGUAAAAACGAUACGAGUUCAAACCCAGUAUACGAGAAGGAACUAAAAUGGCCAACUUUUGAUAUCACAGAACCACAGACUCCUGUAAAAUUUGUAAAUAACACUGAAAACACUGGAGGCAAGCUUAUUCAGAGCCAAAAAGGAAACCAGACGCUAAAUAAAUCUGCAAAAGUUACAUAUCCCAAAAAUUUUUCAUAUCAUAGAGUCACGGGUAAACCUAUAUACCUCAACAAGAAUCCAAAAGCGUAUAUAGCCGUGUCUGUCAUAGCCCCAAAACCUUCCGGUGAGAACACCAAAGAAGAAGUAACUUUAGAGAAUGAACUGCACCAGUUGAAGCCGUGGUGGACCCGCUCAGAUAACUUCAAGAGAGCCGCUUCGUCCAGAUCGAGAUGGGUGAUACGGAGCGGUGAAGACACCGCGAAGUCUGUAGAACCAAAGUUGUAG